GCAGAUGAAAGGCUGUUGUGUAAUUUGGGUGAAAGAGGAAAAGGAGGAGGAGGAAAAGGAGGAGGAGGAAGAGGAGGAGCACAGUGAAUGGAGGACAGCCUGCAGUGUCAGAUCGAAGAGGACUCGGACAGGUACAGUGUUACUUCUGAACAGCAAACGAGCUAAUUUCACAAAAUGAUGGAGCUGAUGAUGCUAUCAGGAGGUGUUGUGGUUCUUCCUGUCCUCGCUUUCAUCACCUCCUUCCUGCUCUGGCCAGGAGCCUACCUUAAGGCCUACAACUGGUACUUGCGUCGCAGGCUGGGUUUAGUGGUCCGCUACUCUCAAAGUGGAAGUUACCGCUUCUGUUAUUCCAGCCGCGGGACGCCAGGGGGCGCCACGCCAUCACUGCUCCUGCUGCAUGGCUUCUCCGUCUCUAAGGACAUGUGGCUGCCUGUCGUCAAGCAUCUCCCCAGAAGCCAGCAUGUGGUGUGUUUGGACAUGCCGGGACACGAGGGGACGAGUCGUACUGGUGCUGAGGACUACAGCAUUCAGGGCCAGGUCGGCCGAAUCCACCAGUUUGUUCAGAGUAUCGGUCUGGACAAAAGACCUUUCCACCUGGUCGGGACAUCGAUGGGUGGUUGCGUUACUGGAGUGUACGCUGCUCAUUACCCAGCUCACCUGUCCAGCAUCACCUUGGUCUGUCCGGGAGGUCUGGUUUACCCCACAGAUUCUGAGUUCAUCAGUCGUCUGAAAGAGAUUCAGAAGACUCAGCAGGUGGAGUCGAUCCCUCUGAUCCCCUACACUCCUCAGGAGAUGGAGGGCAUGUUGAAACUCUGCUGCUACAAUCCUCCCAACCUCCCCCGACCGCUCCUGCGGGGUCUCCUUGACAACAGGAUCCCCAACAAUGGUUUCUACAAAGAAUUGUUCAUGGAGAUCGUCGGGGAGAAGUCUCGUCACUUGCUGCAGGAAAGCUUGCAUCUGAUCACAUCACCCGUCCAGGUGAUCUGGGGGACGGAGGACAAGGUGUUGGACGUGUCGGGGGCAGCAGUGCUGCAGGAGUCGCUGCCAAACUGCCAGGUGGCGCUGUUGGACAACUGUGGUCACUCUGUGGUAUUGGACCGGCCCAGGAAAGUCGCCAAGCUCAUCAUGGACUUCCUGUCUGCGCAGGAAGUCAACGGUGAAAACACUAAGAAACUUUCCUGAAGAAAACGUUUGAAUCAUAUGACCUCACUAUGGAUGAUGAAAGUGAGGAGAAUGAAGGUUAUGAUUAAGUGGUAUUGAUAUUUUGUGAUGAAACUCUUUUAAAGUAUGAUAUAAGAGUUUUCUUCGACAGCGUUUACAUCUGUGAAAAUUAAAUGCACAAACAAAAUGCACUGGACAGAGAGUCAAAUAUUCCUGAAGUUUUUGUACACACAACACCAGCACAGGAGGCCGUAGUCUCUGUUUUUGAUGAGAAAACACUGGGAUUUUGCACAUUCAGAAAAACUAUAUUUCAGUUUCAUGUGAAUGUCAGUCGUUUGUGUGUGAAGUCUCCUGCUGUGAACCGACUGCAUAUUUAAAGGGACUGUUUGUAAGAAUCAGAAAUGCUUGUUAACAGCGUCACCUGUGGCCGUUAAGUCAACGAAAGUCAGCGUCGGGCUCGCGCUUGUGCUCGCUCUACAUAGACAUGAAUGAGCAU